AUGAUAAAUUAUCAACAUUCAUUCUUAUCAAAUUUCAUAAAUACAUUAUUAUUAUAUAUUAUAUUUUAUCCAAAAUUAAUUCAUAGUGAAAUGACUGCUAUAAUUACAUAUGAAUAUUAUUCUUUAUCAUCAAAUUAUUCAAAUAUAACAUACGAAAAUCAAACAAAUGGUGUUGUUUCAAUAAAUGGUAGUCGAAUGCAUGUUCUAAAAGGACCAGCAUUUACAUUAGUAGAUUCAAAUGGAAAAUAUGAUGGUUGUCAUCAAGCAAAUAAUACAUUGAAUUAUUCUAACGGUAUUGCUAUUAUACAACGUGGUGGAAAUUGUACAUUUAGUGUUAAAAUUACACGUGCAAAACAAUAUGGUGCUGCAGCUGUUAUCAUCUAUGAUCCUCAAGCUACUACUCAAGAUACAUUAGCUAUUAUACAAAAUGAUUCAGAUAUAUUAUCUUUGUAUGUUCAACAAUCAGUUGGUUCUUUAUUAUUCCAGUUAGCUAAUGAUAAUCGAACACAUUUAAAUAUAACAUUAGAACCAAUAAAUGGAAAUUAUGAUGAUUUAAAUCAAGGUAAUUUAUGGUAUGGUUCUCGAGCAGCUAUUAUAUUUAUAGUUAUAUCAACAUCUAUACUUAUAUGUGUAUGUUCUUCAUGGUGUAUUUUUUAUUGUAUUCAACAAAAUCGUUCACGUACAACGAAAGAUCGUUUAGAAAAUCGUUUAAUAAAUGCAGCUAAAAAAGCUUUAACAAGAAUACCAUUAGUAACUAUAAAUGAAGAUCUUCAAACAGAAGAAUCAUGUGUUGUAUGCUUAGAUACAAUCAAAGAAGGUGAUACUGUACGAGAAUUAACUUGCCAGCAUAGAUUUCAUCAACAAUGUAUUGAUCCAUGGUUAAUUAAUCAUCGUCAUUGUCCAUUAUGUAAUCUUGAUAUACUUACUGCAUAUCGUAUAUCAAUAGCAGGAUCAAGUAAUGAUCGUAGUUCAAUUGUAUCAGAAAAUCUAAUGCCAACUAAUUAUACUUCACUUGCUACAACAUCUCCAAUGCCAAUUGUUGAACAAAAUAAUCAUGAUGAGGAUGAACAAGAAGAACAACAAAUUAUUAAUCACAUAGGAUCUCAACCUAUUUCAACUAUAUCAGGUUCAAUAAUAAAUAAUAUACAUGGUGAAGAAAAUCCAUCAUUUCGAUCAGAUGAUCAACAAUAA